CUACAUUUACCUUAUUGAGUCAUACUUGCUGUAAAUAAUUCUUUAUAAAUGCAGCAACGACCAUCGACUUCAAGUUCGCUCGGAUGCAACUCAAACGUUUCUGAAAAAAACGAAGUAAAUUACUCUCGUGUUCUCCUGGAACAAGAAAUACACAUCGCAAAAGGUGCCUUGCCCCUUUACAAUAUCACUCCCUCAGAUCACGCGUACUUGAGGCUGAUUGAUGGUACUACUAGCAGGCUCAGCACAACCACAACUUCUAGUCGUCGCUCGCUCCAGCAUCGAACACAUUGAAUUAUUAUGCCACCAGGGUAUUAUCGUCGACCUUGAAGACCAUGUUUUAUACCUUCGAUCGUUCGACGACUCGAUUGGAAGCCUUCAAGAGCUUCAAGUUGUCGGCAUCAUCUACUUUCGAAUGUCCACCACAUGCAUUCGUACUUCAGAACGCACUAUUCGACGUUUCCUUCGUUCCCAUCGUCGGAGUAAUCUUAGUCUCCUCUAUAUGGACCUUUAUCGAAGAAUGGAGACGAUCCCUUCCCCCAAGGGUAACCUGCAUCCUCGCCUGUCUUCAUUUCCUUCGCUUGGAAAAGUUCGCACACACACUCGUCACUUCCAUCCUAAACAAGCCCCGAAGUAACAUGAACGGGUUUUUUUUUAAUUCUGCGCACCGCGAUAGUAUGAUACAGUCUCCGAGCGGAGCGCGCUACCCAGUCUACAAGCCAAGACACAUGACUCGGAGUCGGCAGCAGAGACCUAAGUUGGCACGUGGCGGUUCGGUACCUGCCUCACCAACCCUCAAACCAGAUCUCCCAGUCUGCCAUCCGCCAUCGGCAAUCCCUUCGCAUGGUCAUCAGUUGUCGGAAUUCUUGGCAAGUGCCCGUGGCGUAUCCGUAUAUUCCGCGCAUGUCGGGGUGUCGAUUCUAGAAUUGGUUACCCACUACCGCCCCACCGUCACGGUGACCGGGUGACUCAGAACCGUAUACCCGUGCCGCGCUAUUCAAAACUUCAUUUUUAGAUGGCAGGCAACGCUAGAGUGCCACCCCACCGCAGAACGUUCGGUGAACGUUGAUGCGAUAUUGAAGAUCUGAUAUCUAUAAUGAGCUGUCUGAGGGUAGGAAGUUUAGCUCCGGGAUCUUUUGAAACAAAGUUCGCGUGUACUAGUAUGCAUAUCAGACAAACUCACGUUCUUUGAUAGUCAAUCCUCAAGAUA